CAGUUGUCCGCAGUGCUCCGAUAAACGAAAUAUUAUACCAUUCAGUUGCAGAGUGUUUGCGGGUUUGAUACUUUCGAUCUGUUGGAAAAGACACGAAUUAUGACUGUUUGGCUUGGAACAACGCUUGUCGCGUUUGUCUUAAUAAUUGUCCUCUUGAUGAUCAAACAAUUCUUCUGGAAUCCUCGGCUAAAGAGCGUCAAAAACAAGCAUGUUGUGGUGACUGGUGGCUCCAGCGGCAUCGGAAAGUGCGUAGCAAUUAUCGCUGCAAGACAUGGGGCGAAUGUCACGAUAAUUGCGAGAGAUGUUCAGAAAUUAGAGGCAGCCAAAAACGAAAUAUUACACGCUUGUGAGAACAAAGACGUACAGAGGGUGGAAUAUUUAUCUUUGGAUAUCGGAGCAAAUUAUGAAAACGUUGAGAAAGCAUUGACCGAUCUCGAGAAAACCAUGGGACCAAUUUACAUGCUCGUUAAUUGUGCCGGUACCGCAAUCUGCGGUAAAAUAGAGGACACCACCGUGGAUAAUCUAGACAAAAUGAUACAUAUAAAUUUGCUCGGUACAUAUUACUGCAUAAAGGCCGUCGUCCAGAGGAUGAAAGCUUCCAGAGAAGGAGCGAUUGUGCUUACGUCGUCUCAAGCCUCUUUCCUGGGUAUUUUCGGCUACUCAGCUUACUGCAGCACGAAAUUCGCGCUUCGCGGUCUGGCGGAGAGCAUCGCGAUGGAACUGCGGCCAUACAAUAUUUCUGUGACUCUGGCCUUACCGCCUGACACAGACACGCCUGGUUUCGCCGUUGAAGAGCUGUCAAAACCACUGGAAACGCGACUCAUAUCACAAACGUCGGGAUUAGUUAGGCCCGAAGUAGUCGCCGAUAAGCUUUUCAGGGACGCGCUGGCAGGUAAUUUCUUCUCGACCGUCGGUAUAGAAGGUUUCAUUCUGGCAUCCUUGUGCUCGGGAAUGUCACCGUUCAAAUCGAUCGGCGAGCUGUUGCUGCAAGCGUUUCUGAUGGGAUUGCUGCGGAUCGUAGGCGUAUUCUACCUCAUCUCCUUCGACAAGAUCAUCCGGGAUUGCUUGAGAACGCGUGAUAAAAACAAAAAAUCCGAGUGAUUUCUCUCGUACUCUGCAAUUGCCAACCAGAGAUUAAGGUGUGAUCUUAUCUUUUUAUUCCAAACCAAGGCAUUUAAUAUAAUUUCAAAUCUUUACAUACGAUAUGAUCUUAUGUGAUAUCAUCAACAUUCGCACAAUUUACUUAGAUUUAUAUAUGUGACGUCUAUUUUAUUUGCUCCUCAAUGAAAUCUUUCUCUUUUCCCAAUAACUCGUGAAAGAUUAUUGUAAGAAUAUACAUAUAAUGUAAUAUCGAAAAAUCCUAUGUGUCUCGAGGAAGAAAUAAAACACGUUCUUAACGGUUUGGCUUACUUUUAUUAGAUAUCCCGUAAGUUCAUAGUAUAAUGUUUUUUUUUUUCUUUUAUUAAGCUUUAUGGUUCUUACACACAUAGAACGGGACCGUUCUUCGUCCCGCUUCGCCACGAUUUAGUUUAAAAACGGAAACGCUGAAACAUUCGUAUGUAAAGAGUACUCCCAUGAGACGUGGACGGUGCUCCGGUCGACGUCGAUCGCGUCUGCACGCCAUUGGUAAAAGAUCAAAGUUGUGCUCGAGUUAGUCUCUUUCUCUCUCUCUCUCUCUCUUUCUAACGCAUAAUAAAUCUCUUUCCGCAUUCGUGUGAAAUCCGAAAUCCUGCAACUGUACCGUGCAACUGCGAUCGGGCGCCGAGUGUGAGCGUGUCCGCGUCCAGCUUCCUAAACUCAACUUAUGCGUAGAAACGGCGGUCAACGAAGAUUUGUGUCUCUCUCGAAAUUGCGAAAGUUCGAUAAUGAUGGGUUUAACAUUGAUUUAUUAUCUCGCUCUCUCUCUCUCUCUCUCUCUCUCUCUCUCUCGCUCUCGUUCUCUCGCUCGUGCACUUCAUAUCGCGUAUCAUUAACUCUCGCUCCAUUUAUCCCAUUCGCUCCAAUAUUCUUCGUUCUUUCCUCGGCAUCAUCUCGUAGAUUCGUUAAAGUCUAUUCUUUUCUUUUUUCUCGUUAACCCUAAAGCGCUUAAGGUGUACAGAUGCGAAUCCAUGAGACGAGGCUUGGCUUCGAGGAAUAUCUUCAGAGUGUUUUGCUGUUUUUCUUCUUUUAAAACUUACGAUUAACUUUAAAUCGAUGUCCGCUUAUUUGCGCGCUCGACAAAUUCUACCUUCUUGCUGCGAUUUCGUGACUUCUCUCAAUCUAACUUUUACGGUUAGACGGUCACAAAUCACCUUCGUCGAACGUUCGAAUCGGCAGACAUGUUGCGUUAACGAUUAAUUAGACCCCUUACUACAGUGUGAUCUGUCGCGUGCUGUCAACCAAACGCCCGUUAACGUAGGACCUCAUUUUUAACGUUAAAAGGACGUUGUCGAGCUCAAUUGCUCGCAAUUGAUUUAUUGAAGCUCCUGAUUUACGAUGUCGAUCUCUCUUGCACGCGCAUUCAUCCGAAAUAAUUUUCGCGUAUAUUUUGCUAAAGAUACGAACGUAAUAAUCCAUCGUCGAUAACGUAAUACUCGAAUCGUACAUUCGGGAACUUCAAUGCUCGUAUGCAUAAUGGCAUAAUUGCACGAUGCAUUUCCUCGCGAAUGUCAUCAGUGACGCGUUAACGAAGUAUCCGCCGUCCCGAGGGUGUCGAUCGACGACAAAUAAUUCUUCAUUCGCUCUUUUAACCCUCCACGGCCGAGAAUAAUUACCCGCUCGGACAAAAAAGCGAACCGUUCAUUUCUACAUAGAGCACUGUAUAUAUCAAGAUCAAAGAUUUAUUACAUUUAUAUUUGAAGAGAGAGAGAGACACCCAGGUCGUUCGCGCUUCCAGAUAAAAGCGAUAGAGGGUUAAAAUCGCAAUAAUCAUUUUACAUAUUUUUAAUCAUCAUACAAUUUUCACAGAGCCAUUGCUAUUUUCAAUGUUUGUUUAAAAUGUCUCCCGACAUUUCGUUCCGUCGCCAUACUCGAAAUCGAUUUCCGAUGACCUGUUUCUUUCUCUCUUUCUUUCUCAUCUGCAGAACUGCGCAAUCGAUUUACGGGACGUUUUCUCGUCUUGAGGUAAAAAAAAAAAAAAAAAAAAAAAAA